AUGAAGGCCGCCAGCAACAUCUUUGUCGCCACUCUGGCAGCCCAGGCCUCAGCUCUGGUCCAGAUGGAGGUUCGCUACAGCGACAGGAUGAUCGAUGUCGGCAAUCUCGAUCUGUUCGAAGUGACAUGGCAAGCCAUCUACGGCGAGACCGGCAACACCCGAGCCAUUAUGACCGACCGCUCCUUCGGCGCCCAGACAAACGAGUGCACACACGCCGAGGACUACGACCCUGACGUCACCGUCCAAGUCAAGAUGAACGGAGCCUGGGGCCAGACGCCCGGCCUCACCGACAACCAGAUGCGUGAGGGCCUGGUCCAGUCCAUGUGGGAGGUCCUCAGUCGCGUUUCAGACCCUUACGGAUACGAGGUUUUCAACGGCUGCCGCGGUCUGACCUGGAUGGAAAGUGUUGGAUACACCUCAGACGCCGCAUGCGGUCCCAAGAGCGCCCGUGACUGCGAGUACGCCUGCCGCAACGAGAACUCGCCUGGUCUGGCGCAGUGCAUGAACCACACAUGGGGCCAUAAGGUCCCCUCUUCGCUGCGUGUGACGGCUUACAUCGACGGUCGUCUGCAGCCUGAUGACUUGAUCAUCGAGUUUGGUGCUACUGUUAACCCUGUUACUGGAGGUUGUGGUUGGGUUGGAACCAUUGCUGGUGCUCUCGCUGGUUUCAUCCCUGUCGGUGGCGACCUGUUCGCCGCCGGCAUUGACAUUGGCUGCAGCGACUAG